UGGCACCGUGGGUAUAAGAGCGGCACCGCGGCGGGCACAGCCACCAUCCCCGCCAUGAGGCGCCUGCUGCUCCUCGCCGCGCUCUGCCUGGCCCUGGCCAGCGCCCUGAGGAGGGUGCCCCUCAGCCGGCGCCGCUCGCUGCGGAAGCUGCUGCGGGAGCGGGGGCAGCUCUCGCACCUCUGGAGGGCCCGGGACGCGCCGGACGCCAGCAGCGAGGACUGCGCCGCCUUCUCGGAGAUCAACGAGCCCCUCAUCAACUACCUGGACAUGGAGUAUUUCGGGCAGAUCUCCAUCGGGACACCCCCACAGAAUUUCACCGUGGUGUUCGACACGGGCUCCUCCAACCUCUGGGUGCCUUCUGUCUACUGUGUCAGCAAAGCCUGCACUGGGCACACCAGGUUCCAGCCAACCCAGUCCAGCACCUACCAGGUGGUAGGGACCCCCUUCUCCAUCCAGUACGGCACCGGGAGCCUGACGGGGAUCAUCGGAGCCGACCAAGUAGCCGUCGAGGGUCUGGCCGUGAGCAACCAGCAGUUUGCAGAGAGCAUCAGUGAGCCAGGAAAAGCCUUCCUGGAUGCUGAAUUCGAUGGGAUCCUGGGGCUGGCUUAUCCCUCCCUGGCCGUGGAUGGGGUCACCCCUGUCUUCGACAACAUGAUGGCCCAAAAUUUGGUGGAGCUGCCCCUUUUCUCCGUCUACAUGAGCUCGAACCCUGACUCUCCCCAGGGAGGAGAGGUGCUUUUUGGGGGCUAUGACUCCUCCCGCUUCACAGGCACCCUGAACUGGGUGCCAGUCACCCAGCAGGGCUACUGGCAGAUCCAGCUGGACAACGUCCAGCUGGGUGGGACAGAGACCUUCUGUGCCAACGGCUGCCAGGCCAUCGUGGACACCGGGACAUCGCUCAUCGUGGGUCCCACCAAGGAGAUCAAAAAACUGCAAGAACUCAUUGGGGCUGUGUCUGUGGAUGGAGAGUACGCCGUGGAGUGCAGCAACCUCAGCAUGAUGCCUGACAUCACCUUCACCAUCAAUGGGCUGCCCUACACGCUCAACGCCCAGGCUUACAUCCUUGUGGAGGAGGCUGAUAACAUGACCUUCUGCACCAGCGGCUUCCAGGGCAGCAACAUCCCGCCUCCCGCAGGACCCCUCUGGAUUUUGGGAGAUGUUUUCAUCCGUCAGUUCUACUCUGUCUUUGACCGUGGGAAUAACAUGGUGGGGUUGGCCCCUGCCGUCCCUUAGGGCUGUGACAUCCAUGGGGCAGGAGAACAGACCUUGGCGGGUCAGUGGAUGUCACCCUGUCCUCCUCAGUGUCCCCAGGGGGAUGAAGACACCCAGGGAUGCAGUGUGGGGCCAGCAGAGGUUCAGUCCACACCAGGACACUGUGAUAUAAAAAUGUCUUGAGCAGCUCUGUGAUCUGCUCUGCACAUUCUCUUUUUUUGAAUCCUGAGCCAAUAAAAACUUCAAUAAACCCAAA